AUGGACUCCCAGGUCCAAAGGUUGGUCGAAAAGGCAUGGAGCAAAUAUCAACAAGCGGCCCCUGGACAGAGGCUGUUAAUUGGCAUUGGGGGUAUCCCCGGAUCAGGUAAAACGACGCUCUCACAACAAGUCUCCGAAAGACUCAACCAACAUGCCGCCAAGACAUUGCCAACCGCCCCUCCGCCGGCAACGUACGUUCCCAUGGACGGCUUUCAUUUCACCCGGGACGAGCUUUCCGCCAUGCCGGAUCCUGCUAAUGCCCACGCUCGUCGCGGCGCGGCAUUCACCUUUGACGCAAGGAAAUUCCUCACCCUGAUCCAAAAGCUUCGGGAACCGAUAUCAGCACUGCCGAUUCUGGCGCCGUCGUUUGACCAUGCUGUCAAAGACCCCAAAGAGGACGACAUAGCCGUGUUGCCAACGCACAAGAUUGUCAUCUUGGAGGGCAACUAUCUCGCCUUGGACAGGGACGUAUGGCGGGAUGCUGCAGCCCUUCUCGAUGAGCUGUGGUUCGUCGAGGUGGAAUUUGAAGUUGCGAGGAAGAGAUUGAGGGAGCGACAUGUACGGGCGGGCAUUGUCGGCACGAUCGAAGAGGGGGACAAGAGGGCAGUUGAGAAUGAUCUCGUGAAUGGAGAGGAGAUUAUGGCGCGCCGCUUGAGGGCGGAUGAGGUUGUGCGGAGCGAGGAGGACGGAUCCUGGGUUCAUGACUGA